CGUGUUUUGUCUCGUGCAAUCAAAAUACGGCGCCUUGUUAAAUUGUCGUGACUCGUGAUCGCUAAAAUCGCUAAAUUCGCCCUACACAAGCCAGUGAAUACUUUAAUCAUCCGUGGCGCCUGUAUUUGGCCGAAGAAUUAGCGGCAGGCGCAAUAAGUGUUUUAGGGUAACCUCGUGAGAAACCUGCUGGAACCCACUGGGCGGGGGGUCGAAAGGGAAACAGUGUAAUUACCCGUGUGCGGAACAUUUUGGAGUUUUCCUAUUGUUGAGUGUGCACCUGUGGUCGCGGUGUCGAAUGCAACAGCAGGUGCAAACGGAGCACUGAUUCUGUUUCCAGCGGAUCAAGAAGUAACAUCACGUUUUGACCAUCGAUCGAAUACAACCUUCACACUCGUCGUCGUCGAGCGCGUGCUGUCAUUCUGUUCUACUAAGUGACUGUGCUUCUAGUGGAAGAAUCCAGGCAAUAGGGUGUUGGUGUCUCUCUUAAAUUGGCUGAGCUAGCUAGCGAAUAGGAUUGAGACAAAUUGUGGAGACAAUUUGAGGGUUAUAAAUCCAUUGUUAGUCUAGCUAUCAUCAUCCACGAACGAGCGUUUCUUUGCUAAAUCGGGAGGAGUGCAAAGGAACGAAACUGCGAGUGAACAUUUGAAACAAGCAAGAAAAGCUAAGGAAAUUCCACCGGAGGGAGAAGAAAAACAAACAGCGACACAUAAGCGCGUACACGCUGCUAGUGUCCGCGUCAGCUAAAUCUUCGAUACAUUAGUGUGAAGCGCAUCACCACCGCGCGUAUCCAUCGCGAUAUUCGACGCAGACACCAACGAUAUCAACCCCAAAAGUUGUGUUUGUGUGAACAGGCUCGAAACAGCAUCGCGUGUUGGUGUUCGUUUCGUUCAGCGCAACACAAGUGAGGCAACAACCAAUUUAUCGAAUCGGCGACUGCCUUGUUAGUUCCCGACUUGCAGCAGCUCCAAACAUUACUCGCACGUCGUGUCCCAUACGUGCGUCAAUUGCUGGAGAAAGCAGUAGCUAGUGAUGAUGAACCUGUUCGAAAAUCGAUCUACAGAUUCUUAUUAAUCAGUGUAGCUAGUACAGACGGUAGAGAGUUUUGGUUUUACGAAUCCGGCCUCCAGGGCUAGAUCAGUGAAAGAGUGUGUUGCUGGUCUCGCCAAAAGCUACGCAGAUCGACGUAACGCAAGUAACACCCUUAUUGCUGCACAGCUACCAGCUCAUCGGUGCAUUCCUAAACAUCGUCAAUCGGUGCUUAAGCAGCAUAAGCGCCGUUUUGAAGUAAUCCGAAGUGCAAAAGCGACAUCGAAAGGGAGGAAAACGAAAAGGCUCGAGUAGCAUAAGGCUCUGGUGUUCUCGACGACCUCUUCAACCGGUUAUCGAGUAGCCGGUUCCCGCCACUUCGCGGUACGAUCCCUGGCGAUCGUGCGGUAGUGUUCUAAACGCUGGGGCAACACAGGCGGUUCCCAUGCUAAACUACCGCCUCGUGUCCACGCACUUCCUAAAGCAACCAUAGAUUCACGCAGCAGCACGGCAGUCCCCUGGCAAGGUUGUAAAAAUGUGCAGAGAUCGGGAUAUGCCACUUCGAUGAAUUGUACGACGAUUGAACUGUCCAACUCAGUACUGUGUCGCCGUUAAAAGAAGGUUCACGGCAAAGGCGCGGCAAAGUGCGGUUUUUCCAUUUUCUUUAGUUUGUAACCGAAGAGAGCAUAGUGAAAUUGAGCGCCCUAGUGUGCCUGUGUGUGUACGAAAGAGAAAGAGAGCAAGCUACCACCACUGCACAACGGCUACUAAAACCACUACUAAAGCACCGCUACUACACAAGUACUACUACUGCUAUACGAUCAUCAUUCACUCUACAACGCCCGAGGAUACUGCACGCUACUCUCUGCACGAUCACCACACUAGUCGGAGCGUACGCCAGUGUGUGUGUGUGUUUCUGGCUUGCAAGCUUAAGGCGAGGAGGCGCCUGGUUGCUGUUGAAUUGGAUCCUUCGAACACAGUGUGAUUCUGUGGCUACCGUCUGACAGACCUCCGUGCACGCGGCGCGUCGAGCAAUCCAUCAUACCACACACUGAUAUCAGCAUCAUCAUCGGCGGAAGCGGGGCGUUCCUUGGCUGUGAUUUCAUCCCCCAAGCCAAAGCGAUCGGAAGCCAAGGUUAGUGCUUGUGGGUGCCGCCACAACAACACGCACGGACGCACAGCAUCACAGGAAGCAGGAAACGAGUGUACUAGUAGUAGCGCGCACGGUUGAAGGCGGCAGCGACGGCUUCUUAGGCGUCGCUGAGUGUCGUGCGAACCGCGAAGAUUCCACCCAAAAUUGAAGCAUUUGCCAAAAACUGCUGGGAAACUGUAACCGCUUGCGUGUGCGGCAUGCGUCGCCCAUCACUGGGACAGAAUGAAGACGACCUUAGUCGUCUGACAACGAUCCUUUCACCGACCAGCAUCAGCCUCUCGUCGAACGGCCAAUCCGACCCGGUGGUGGUGGUGGUAGCGGCUGCAGCGAACGAUCCUCACGAUGUUAGCUGCAGCAAAAAGCAGACGGGCAAUAUUAACCACAACAACAAUAGCGUCUGCAGCAGUAGCAGCAGCAGUAGUAGUAGCAGCACCAACAGCAGCAUCAGUAGUAGCAGUAACAACACCGGCAACAAGAGCAGCAGCAGUAUCAACGAUGGUGGUCUCUUUAGUGUCGGUGGUGGUGGUGGCAGCGGCGGGAGCAUUAACCGAAGAAACAGCGGCAGCAGCAACAGCAGCAGUACAAGCAACACUAGCAGUGAGAGCUACCAUAAUGAAGUAGUACGGAAGACACGCGAUGAUGGCGGUGUCGGUGGUGGGAAUGGCGAAGGCUUCAAAACUCCCGAGCCAUCACCACCUGCACUACUACCACCAGCGUCCACCGUGCUGGUGAAUCAGUAUCUGCCCAAUCUGAUCAACUCGUCCGAGUGGCAGAACUGCAGGAAGCGUAAGGAGCGUCAGGACAGUACGUCCUCGAUCAGCCAGGACCGGAAACUUAUACGAUCAAAUAGUGAGGAGCAUCUGCCGAACUGUGCCGAAGUCAUAAGGCGUGUGUCCUCACACGAGGACUUUAAGAAGCGCGCCCCAACGGUUGAGAUCUCGAUCGACAAGGAGAACAUUAUUGCCGAGGAAGAACAAACAGAAACAGAUGGGCUAGUGGAGCAGCAACAGGGAGCGAACGAUGAACAGCAACUGCAGCAGGUGUUCGAAAAGAAUCUUAAGAACAGCGCGGACGAUUUGAAGAAAUUUUUCAUUGGCAGUGUUGAAAGUGUGACCAACGGCGGAACUGGCAAGGAUUACCAUCUUCAGCUGCACCACGGAAAGACGCAGCAACAACAGCAGCAUCGUUUGUCACCGUGUCGAGAUAUAUUGAAAUCACGGCGCGACUCAGACAGCGAGCAGGACUGUGAACACGAACGACGUCGGCACUGUGAACGAUUCUCGAAAACACGCCCACCGCCGGGCCGGAAGUCCGUCUCACCGCGAGCACGUAGCAAGCAGUCCUCGAAGUUUCACGGUGCCUCACUGAUUAAGGAUCGUGCCGGCAAUGGCGCUGUUCUCUCAGCCGGAAGUGAGCAUUUCUACUCCAAACAUGACACUCAUUCAUCGAGCGUCUCGAAGUCGGACCGACGCAGUGGAGCAAUACGGAGCUUCAAAUCCGACCAGCGAGCCGUCGCAGCAGCCCUUCUGUUGCAACAAGCGAUUAAAGAUCACUCGCUGCAAACCGACACUGCCCAUGCUAACUCCGGCUACGAUAUGCCAAUGUUCGAAGCCACUCUCUCGGAUUACAAUGAUAAUAAUGUGCUGGAGAAGAACAAGGCAGUAGAGCAAGAGGAACGAGCUCAGGAUCAGGAGCAGCAUGAUUCGAUGGAGAGCUACGAUGAGCCGCUUUCACCGCGCGAGAAGCUCCCAUGGGGACCGCAAUCGUAUCCGGACGAUACGCCGGCUCUUGUCUGUCAACGGUUUGCUGACGAUAAGUUCGAUCACGCAAAGCGCAUGGAUUCCGUGUCGCACGCAAAACUGCGUCCCGUUUCGUCCGGUGGCUCGCUCAAGCAGUACGGCUCGUACCAUCGUAGCGAGGACAGUGCCGGUAUAGGCGGUGUAGCGACACAUCCGAAAUCGGGUGCAGCACCUGUGGCGAACAACAUGUUCGAUGAACGCAUCAAGACGAUUAGCCGGAAGCUGAGCGGACUGAAGAAAAAGCUAACGCAGUUCGAGGAGCGGUUUGAGCGGGAGCAUGGUUGUCGACCGACACACGGCGACAAGUCGGCCGAUUCCAACAUCAAGAGCAUUGUAGUGGAGAUGCACAAGCUGCGCAAGGAAAAGAAUCAAAUCAAGGCCGAUCUGGUGGUUUUCUCGGCAAAGGGACUUACGAAGCAGACCAUCAUCGACAGUGGGCCGGAGACGGAGAGUGACGAAAAGAUGCGACUCUGCAAGAUGAAAGAUACGAUCUCCGAUAUAGAGAAGCGUCUAAUUGAGAAGCGUGAGACGGAUCAUCGCAGCGAAAAUCUGGAUAUGAUGUCGAAUGAGCAGCUGACGGAGGAGAAAGCCUCUGUCCAGCGCGCCCUGCUGUAUCUAGAGUCGAUGUACGGCCGACCAGCGAGCCGUGAGGAACGCGACGCGGCUCGACCGUUGUAUGAUCGUUAUCGGCUAAUCAAGCGACUGGUGAACCGUGCCAAUUCGAUCAGUGGCCCCUGUGGCGUUGCCAACUCCCAGAUGCCGACAAUCCUGGAGCAUGAGGCUCUCGCGCUCGUCGGGACCUCCACACCGUCCACCGAUAUUACACCACCGUCGGCCACAUCCAUGAUUCAGUCGCCAAGCGACACGGGCGGUCAAUCAGCAACGACGACCACGACAGCAACGACGACGAAUACAGAAGAUUCGGAAGGUUCGACGGCUACAACAACCACCACGGCCAGCUCGACUACCGAGAACAUCCACUCGAUGACGGCGGACGAACUGUGGCAGCACUACGAUGCGAC